AUGCAAACAUUCACAUUUAUAAGGAGACCCACCUAUCCACAUUGCCAAUUAAAUCUCUUCUUCUUCUUUCUCUCUUUAGUUCUGAUCAUCUCUGGUGUGAGCUCUCGUGUCCUGAGUCCUCUCCCUCUGAAUAACUCGACCCUAAUCUCUGAUGGCCUCAAUGACGCCUUGGAUUACAAGUUUCUCACUCUUGAUCCUCCAAAGAACGUCUCCAAGGCAGCUUGCACUCAUGUCUAUGGGUUUCUUCCAUGUGCAGACAAUGUUGGAGGAUAUGUCUUCCAAGUUUUCUCCUUUGGAUGUCUCUUGAUCAUCGGUGACUAUUUCUUGUCCGAAGGAAGGUCGAAACUCUUUUUAAUCUUCGAGGUCGGGUUCUAUGGCGGUAUUGUCUUCCCUCUCCUCACAAUGUUCCCAAGAAUCGCCCUUAUGCUCUCGCCUGGACUAACAGCGACGCAUAAUGGUGCUCUCAUAAUUGUGGGUAACAACGUUGGAGUUACUGUAGGACACACAGUUUUUGCUCUGACAAUGCAAUGGGGAGCUUGUGUUGUCUUUGGUAUGACUGGUCCUAAAUCACAACAGUCAUUCAGAAGAGAAGCCGUCAAAAGAACAAGCUCUGAUACGAAGAUUCCAAGAAGAGGAUUUUACAGGAUGAAGAUACUGAAAAGCAUUUUUGAAGCAAGCGUGGAUGCAGAUCCUAAAAACAAGAAAGCUGCAGGAAUUAUGCUCCUAACUCUAGCUCCAUUUCUCAUGGUUACAUUGCCUGAUUUAUUUGGUGCACAAUCUUGGAGUGAUGUCACUAUGUUGAUCACACUCAUAGUCUGUUGUUCUUCAACCAUUAUCUACUUUGUUUACUCGUAUUUUGAUAUAGCGGACCAAAAGAAGAGCUUAGAGCACGCCAAGUUUGAACUCAUGUCGGAAGUUCAUAAGCAUUUGCAGAGCUUUUCGCCUCAGAAUUUUAUUAGAGAUGGACAACUAAGUAAAGAGAGCUUGAAAAGCUUGUUUGAUAGAAUCGAUAGGAACAAAGACGGGAAGAUUCAAAUAUCGGAGCUUAAAGACUUAACCGUAGAGUUUGGAGUUUUUGGAAGAAUGAAAUGUGACAUCAAUGAGUUUGCAAACACUUUAAUUGCGGAUUUAGACAAAGAUAAAGAUGGGGAAAUAGACGAGAAGGAAUUCGAAGAAGGGAUUAUGAAACUACUGAAUCAUUACAAAUUCGAUAACCAAGAAACUCCUAGACAUAACAACACAUGCAUCUACAGAACAAGAUCCGAUCCUGGUCAUGUUACUGAGGAAGCUGCAGUAUUAAAGCUGGAAAUGCCAAAGCAAACUCUUGCUGAUAAACUCCUCUCAAUGAGAACCUUAAGAGCUAUGAUUAAAGUCAUCGGUGGGAUGCUUAUCGUCAUCUUUCUUGCUCAACCAUUUAUGAUGAACAUUGGACUCUUAUCGGUUUCAUCUGGAGUUCCUUCUUUCUACACCGUAUUUGUAGUAAUCCCUUUGGUUAGAAACCUAAAGAACACUUUAUCCGCACAUUUCUGUCGAAAGAAAGAUAAGGCAAAAAUCGCAUCUGAUAAAUUCUCUGAGAUCUACAGGGAUGUUACGAUGAACAAUCUGAUGGGGAUGUCGAUAACAUUGGCGAUUGUAUACACGAAAGGAUUGAAAUGGGAUUACUCAACAGAAGCUCUUCUUGCUGUGGUUGUGGGCCUUGCAAUAGGCUUACCGGCUUAUGUGAGAUCGACUUAUCCCUUCUGGAUCUCUGUAAUGGCCUUUGCUAUGUAUAUCUCAUCUCUUGUCCUUAUCUAUCUCCAUUAUCAUCUUCGGGGUCAACACUAA